AUGUCAGAUGCAGCGACACGGCGAUUGAUGAAGGAAUUAGCUCAAUUAAAAAAUGAGAAUCCAGAAGGUCUUCUAAUCGAUAAUACCAUAACAAGUCAUGACUUGAAGCAGUGGAAAAUCGGUGUCGUUGGCGCAGAAGGGACGCUCUAUGCUGGAGAAGUAUUCACGUUACAAUUCACAUUCGGACCACAAUACCCUUUUAAUUCACCGGAGGUAAUGUUUGUUGGGGAUACGAUUCCAGCUCAUCCACAUAUCUAUUCAAAUGGCCACAUCUGUCUAUCCAUUCUCUCUGAUGAUUGGACGCCAGCAUUGAGUGUUCAAUCAGUUUGUCUCUCAAUUCUUUCUAUGCUAUCAUCAUCAAAGGAGAAGAAACAUCCAAUUGACGACGCCAUUUAUGUUCGAACGUGCAAUAAGAAUCCGAGUAAAACUCGCUGGUGGUUCCAUGACGACAGCGUAUAA